AUGACGGAUCCGAAGAAAGAAUCAGAUGAUAAGUCAUCGCAUUUAUUAUCGAGAUAUCUUCGACCGGAACGGUUUGACGUUGAACCUACGGCCCCCGCGGCUGGAGAUAAGUGGUUGCAUUGGCUGUAUACCUUCACUAGCUUUCUCACCGAACCUACUUCCACCGAUGCUACGGAUACUAUAAAAUUAAAACUCCUAGCGAACCAUUUGUCAUCUAAUAUUUUCAUCAUCAUCAAAGACUGUCAAACCUAUGAAUCUGCUAUUGCUUUAUUAGACAAAGCCUACGUGAAACCCCAAAAUGAAAUAUUGGCUCGCCACGUCCUCGGGACAAGAAAACAAAAGCAAGACGAAAGUAUUUCUGAAUAUAGCCGCGCCUUGCAUCUUCUGGCGCAAAAGUGCAAUUUCAAGUCCGUUUCAGCUGAAGAACAUAAAGAACAAGCUGUACGAUGCGCCUUUAUAUCUGGUAUUCUGUCGCCUAAAAUACGGGAACGUUUGCUAGAAAAAUCAUCUCUAUCAAUGGAUGAAGCUUAUAAUCAGGCAGUAAGCCUCGAAACAGCCGAAAAGGACUCCGAAACUAUGGGUGUUAACAUCCCAAGUACAUUGAAUGCCUUGCCAGUACUGUGUUCACAAGAACCUACAAAUCCUCACAAUGCUGCUGUUCCUGCUGUCCCAGUACCUCGACCACCAAUACGACGUUGUUUCUUUUGCGGUGGUAAGGUACAUCAAAGAAUAAAGUGUCCCGCUUUCCAUGCUCACUGCCAACUAUGUACCAAGAAGGGACACUUUGCAUCAGUUUGCCGGUCUCGUGACUCUCCUUCCACGAGCAAUGCCAUCCCGAGCUUACCAUCUCAAGAUUCCUACGAAAACGAAUAUUCUGCUGCAAGUCCGUCGAGCCUGCGAAAAGCUACGGUCGCCAUAACUAUCAACGACACUCGCGCCGACGCUCUGAUUGACACCGGGAGCUCUAAGAGCUACAUUGAUAGAAAUAUAGCACAAUUAAUGAAAUUUCAACAAUAUCCGCACAAAGAAACAAUUAAUCUAGCAUCUCUAAGCAACACGUCACAAGUAGAAAGCAUUUGUUUUGCUACGCUCCAAAUAGAUAAUCACACAUAUAAGCAACGCCUUCUACGCAUAGUAACCAACCUAUGUGCGGACGUCAUCGUUGGCCAUGAUAUACUCAAAACUCACUCCAAAGUCGAGCUCGAUUUCGGAGGGACCAGAGAACCCUUACAUAUUUGCGUAAUGGAAGCAUCAGUACCGCCAGCAUCUGUCUUUACGCACUUAUCUGCUGAUAUUACGCCCAUCGCUAUUAAAUCCAGACGUCACAACAAAGACGAUGAAGUAUUUAUUCAAGCCGAGAUAUCUAAACUUUUAAAAGAUGGGAUUAUCGAGCCGAGCGUCUCUCCUUGGCGCGCUCAGGUACUAGUUGCUGGAGGUGGAUCUCAUCGAAAAAGAAUGGUCGUCGACUACUCCAGAACUAUCAAUAAGUUCACAUAUCUAGAUGCGUAUCCUCUGCCUCACAUUGAGUCGAUAGUUUCGAAAGUAGCGAAAUUCAACCACUUUAGCCAGAUUGAUUUGAAGAGUGCAUACCAUCAAGUCCCUAUUCUUGAAAGAGAGAAAAUAUAUACCGCAUUUGAAGCUUGUGGUAAACUAUGGCAAUUUACACGUAUUCCAUUUGGCGUCACUAACGGAGUUGCCGCUUUUCAACGCACUCUCGAACACAUAAUUGAAAAAGAACAUUUACAAGGCACCUUUACUUAUCUUGAUGACGUCACAGUCUGCGGUAAAAACAAAGAAGAGCACGAUAAAAACUUACAACAAUUCAUGGCCGCUGCUAAGAAGUACAAUCUCACACUAAACGAACAAAAAUGUAAUUUCAGCAAAAGUUCCAUCAGCCUCCUUGGAUAUACUGUCAGGGACAACGUAAUUGAACCAGAUAAAGACCGACUGGAGCCUCUAAUAAAAUUACCGUUACCGCGCAAUACUGCAGAAUUGAAGAGAGCUCUAGGGCUAUUUGCUCACUACGCUAAAUGGGUUCAUAAGUUUUCGGAAAAGAUUCAACCUUUGAUUAACAAUUCCAACUUCCCUUUAGACGCAAAUGCUCAGCGUAGUUUUCAACUUCUUAAAUCUGAUAUUAAAAAGGCAGCAUUGGUUGCUAUUGACGAUAAAGAAACCUUGACGGUGGAGACGGAUGCAUCAGAUUAUGCUCUAGCCGCGACAUUAUCACAAAAUGGUCGACCAGUUGCGUUCUUCUCGAGAACUUUGUCGGACAGCGAGCGCAAACAUGCUUCCGUCGAAAAGGAAGCCUGUGCUAUCGUCGAAUGCCUUAGAAAAUGGCGCCACUACCUUAUUCACAGACAUUUUAUCCUUAUCACUGAUCAGAAAUCCGUAAGCUACAUUUUCGACCAAAAUCAUACUAGCAAAAUCAAAAACGACAAGAUUGAAAGAUGGAGGCUCGAACUGUCAUGCUAUAAGUAUGAUAUUAUUUACAGACCAGGGGCUCAGAAUACUGCUGCUGACGCUCUUUCAAGAGUUUGCGCAUUUAUGAACAAUAAUAAGCUAUACGAAUUGCACGAUGCGCUUUCUCACCCUGGGAUUACUAGAAUGUAUCACUGGAUCAAGCUAAAGAACCUACCAUACAACUUAGACGAUGUCAAAAAGAUGACUGUUUCAUGUCGCGUAUGUGCAGAAAUCAAACCACGCUUUGCCAAAGCAAAUGACACUUUGAUUAAAGCUUUAUCGCCCUUCGAACGAUUGAAUGUAGAUUUUAAAGGACCUUUGCCUUCGAACACGAACAACAAAUAUAUUCUUACAAUAAUUGAUGAAUUCUCACGCUAUCCUUUCGCAUACCCAUGUCCUGACACAUCUUCGGCAACUGUCAUCAAGUGCUUCAAAGAACUUUUCUUCGAAUAUGGCCAGCCCUUAUACAUACAUAGCGACAGAGGAUCCUGCUUCAUGUCGGAAGAAAUACAAAAUUUCCUCAAGAAAUGUAACAUUGCCACUUCUCGCACUACUCCCUACAACCCUCAGGGUAACGGGCAAGUGGAAAAGCUUAACGGCACCCUCUGGCGAACUAUACAGCUGUCCCUAAAAUCGAAGAACCUGCCCAUCGAAAACUGGGAACAAGUCUUGAAACUUUCUCUCCACUGCGUACGAUCACUCCUUUGCACUUCGAUAAAUGCCACUCCACACGAGAAGCUAUUCAAUUUCCCUCGGAGAACACCGGUCGGUGAGUCGCUUCCGUCAUGGCUCGUUCCGGGACCUGUCUUACUUAAGAAAUUUGUUCGAUCGAAAACAGACCCCUACGUCGAAGAAGUCGAGUUACUACACAGUAAUCCGAACUACUCAUAUGUACGACGACGUAAUGGCCAGGAGUCUACCGUAUCUAACAGACACUUAGCGCCUCUUCCCUUAUCCGAUGAUGAAGGCUCUAUACCCGACGGAAUGGCUCCUGAUGGAGGAUCGGAUGUUCCCACAUUGGACGAAGAACAAGAAAACCCUGUUGAUGUAGGUACACUUAAUAAUGAUCAAGAGAUCUACAGUACUCCACCACAAGAAGCUCCGCCUUCACGGAUCUUCCGUAGAUCUACGAGGUCUAAGAAAAUGCCUCAACAUCUUAACGACUACAUCCUGGACCCAAACGAAGAAAUCAUAGAGGGGGAGAAUGACAUAUAA